AUGGCUGCACGUGCGGGAAAUUGUGAAAUUUGGGAAUUUGGCUACUGCUUAAAAAGCAUCAUAAAUUGGCCAACUCCUAUCAAUGUGACUGAGGUGCGUAGUUUUAUGGGGUUAGUCGGAUAUUACAGGAGGUUUGUCCAAGAUUUUUCCAAAUUCGCUGUACCGUUUACUCAAUUGACUAAAAAGGGAGCUGUGUUUGAAUGGUUAGAACAGCGGGAAUCUGCUUUUCAGGAAUUAAAAACGAAGUUAACUACAACUCCGGUUCUUGCUUUGCCAUCUAGUAAGGAGGGAUUUUUGAUUUACAACGAUGCUUCCCAUAAAGGAUUAGGGUGUGUACUUAUGCAAAGUGGAAGAGUUAUCGCCUAUGCUUCACGCUAA